UGAAUCGCAUUCUUACAUGAAACAUAAAAACAAGCACAAAGGAAGCGGUCGCUAUCCUAAGGUUGCCAUCCUUCUCCUAUAAGAGUGAUGCUCCAUUAGCAUUGUGAAGCAGAGAAACAGCUUAAAGCAAUCAAGCUUGGUAGAUAAAGCAUGGCAAGCAACACCCCAGUAUUGCCACUGCUACUUUUCGUGCUGGUUUUCGCAUUUUCUGGGAGAUCAGAUGCAGGAGGGAUUGCUAUCUAUUGGGGUCAGAAUGGGAACGAAGGCACCUUAGCAGAGACAUGUGGGACUGGUAACUAUGCAUUUGUGAACAUAGCUUUCCUUCCCACAUUCGGCAACGGUCAGACUCCAAUGAUAAACCUUGCAGGCCACUGCGACCCAUAUUCCAACGGUUGCACGGGCUUGAGCGACGACAUUAGAGCUUGCCAAAAGCAGGGCAUUAAGGUAAUGCUUUCCAUUGGAGGUGGUGCGGGGAGCUACUACCUGACCUCCUCUGCUGAUGCUAGGCAAGUAGCUACGUAUCUGUGGAACAACUCCCUCGGAGGGCAUUCUUCUUCCCGUCCUCUUGGCAAUGCUGUCUUGGAUGGCAUCGAUUUCGACAUCGAGGGCGGCACCAACCAACACUGGGAUGACCUUGCUAGGUAUCUCUCAGGGUAUAGCACUAAGGGAAAGAAGGUGUACCUAACGGCGGCCCCACAAUGCCCAUUUCCCGAUGCAUGGGUCGGUGGGGCCCUCAAGACUGGCCUUUUCGACUAUGUGUGGGUCCAGUUCUCUAAUAACCCUCCUUGCCAGUACACUGCAGGGAGUAUUGGCAAUCUUGAAGAUGCAUGGAAGCAAUGGACAUCAGCGAUUCCCGCCACCAAGAUAUUCCUGGGGCUACCGGCUGCACCCCAGGCCGCUGGUAGCGGCUUCAUCCCCACCGAUGCACUCACUUCCCAAGUCAUCCCAGCCAUUAAAGGCUCUAGCAAGUAUGGUGGGGUCAUGCUGUGGUCCAAGUACUAUGAUGAUCUCACUGGAUACAGUUCCUCUAUCAAGAGCCAUGUCUAA